UGGGGAAAUAGCAGAAGGGGAGACUUGCACCAGAUGCAGCAUUGAUGCAAGCAUAACAAUAAUAUUUUUAAAACAGUACGUUAGGGGAUGCGACACACAGAGGUCUUGUUCAAUGCGUGGCGUGUUUUUGUUUGUAAAUACAAAGCAGACAGCGCUAUAGCUGGGUGUGUAACACAGUAACAUUGCGAUAUGUUCGUAUUGACGCAAGCUGCAGUACUGCUCACAGUUAUUCAGCGUUAUAACUGAGCCACAUCUUCACUCCAGCGAAAUUAAAUCCGCGCUUUUAGAUUGUGUUCGGGGUCAGCGUUGUGUUAAUCGGUGUUGUUAUUGAUCUGUGGAGCUAUGUGUCGACUCUUCGAUGUUCUGAUCUGAUGAUCAUCGUUAUGUUGGCAGAGCUGCGUGCUGCUGUACGCACAGUGUAUUAGCACUAGGACUGGUGUUGCAGUUCUUUAUCUCCUGGUUGGUGCCUGCCUGCCUGCCUGCCUGUCUGUCCGGGCUGCCUUUUCGGAUCCUGGCUGCAUGACAUCCCCAGUCUAUGCUAAUCUCGAUUCGGUGGGGCCUCUAUUUAAUGACCUGCCCUAUAUGUUUUAUCUCGGUCUGUUUUUCGUGAACGUGCUGAUCCUCUACUAUGCCUUCCUGAUGGAGUACAUUGUCCUCAAUGUGGGGAUAGUCUUUCUGCCAGAAGAUAUGGACCAGGCGCUGGUUGAUCUGGGAGUUCUGUCGGACCCGGGAUCGGUUCCGUACGACGCCGAUGUAGAACUGGACGUCUUCGAAGGAUACUUAGACUGAAAAAAAAAAAAACUACACACAGCUCGAAAUGGCUGAAGACAGUAGGUCGAUAGUUACCAAAUGCCCGUUCUGCCAGUGUCACCAGGGCGAUCCAGACAGAAAGCCGGAUUCUGACCAGCAGCAGAGCAAUCGCGCAGCUCCAGUCUGUAAUCACCAUUGCUGGGUUACGUGGCUGGCUAACCCGUGUGGACAUGGCCCAAACGCAUUCACUUCAGACAGUUUUGUGACUUGGCUUGUUACAUGCAGAAACAACGCACGUGUUUGCCAUGGGGCCGUUACUGGGCGAGAGUAAGUGUUUCAUGUGUUGAUUGUGGUGCACAUGGGGUUUGAUUUGGUUUUUCCAGGGAUAGGCUUUGUUAAGUAAUACUCUGCAGCAGCAGAAGGGCCUUGCAGUGCACUUGUGCAUCAGGCUUUUUUUAAAAAUGCUGCUAAUUAACAUUCACCUUAUAAAUCCUGAUAUCUUUAGGCAGGGAUGGAAAUAAGAGCCCUAUUGCAUAGCAGUUUCACCCUUUCCAGGUUUUACUAUAGCUUGAAUAGU